GUGUCGUUAAACAAAGAAUCAAAGGCUUCAUUGAAGUGGAACGUUGUAUAAAACCGUCGGGUGCCAGCUAUCUGCACCGACUGCACCAUGGACAUCAAACUCACUGCCGUGCUCCUCCUCGCCCUCACCCUCACGCUCCACGACCCCGUCAGCGCUGACGCCUUCGACCGUCCGUUAGUGGGUCUAAACGAAGUUGGGAAAGAAGAUUCUAGAUACAGAUGUGUUCCUGGUCGUACCAUCCUUAAAGUCAGAGAGAAGGAGCAGCAGGUAGACCUGAACUCUGACGCAUCCGACGAGUACAGGCGGACUCGGAGCAGGCGGUCGCACAUGUCGGUCGCGGCGGAGGAUGAAACUUGCUUCAUGUGUGUUUGUGCGUCCGACGGCCAGAACGAGCACUGCAUUGCUAGACCCGCAGACACCCUCAACGAGUGCCUCUUGAUAAAAGAUAUCAUGGAUAAGUUCGAGUCUGGUAUUCCGUUCAAACACUCCAGAAACUUGCCCUACAGAAUCAGACGAGUAAACCAGGAGUCACAGAUGUGUGUGCCUUUUGUAUCCGAGUAUUCAGACUGCAAUGAUGAUAAUUUAUGCUCGGGGUGCAGCAAAUGUACCUGCACUAGUGAGGGAGAGUGGUCGUGCCGCGAUGUGAGGGAGUGCCCUCAGUACUCCCCUGAAGACGCGCUGCAGGAGUUUGGUGUGAACAGAGUUAAUGGUGAAUUUGAUCCGAAUACAAAUGAUGCUGAAGGAAUAUUUGACAGCGCCCUGGACAUGCUGGAGUAUGAGAUGAGCAAGAAAAACAAGAAGAUUAUUAAGACGUCCAGCAACCCGCAGGUGCCCGCGCCGCAGCCACAGCAGGACAAUGAUGUGCUGUUAGAUCAAUUGCAUUCCAUGACUCUGAAUGAUUUCGUCGAUAGUUUAAGUCGAUCUAAAAGGUCGGUCAGCAUGGCCAAGGGCCACAAAAAGCGAUCAGUCGAUAAGGAAAUGGAGAAAUAUAAUCAUAACGGGAACCUAAGUCACACAAGUAACAAUAGUAUCCAUUUCUACAAUACAAUUGAUGAAUUAAAUGAAGAUACUUUAAAAAACAGCAAUCUAACAGGCACUGUACUAGCUAAGAAAGUAGAUAUGGUAGCGCCUCUCACAAGGCGAUCGGAUUCCUUCCUGGGUAACGGUAGCAAGGCACUCCAUAUAGAAUACAGCCAACCCCAUACAUACCACCCAAUAACUAACAAUAAAAUCGAAGCUGAACAAGAAAGUAAAUUUGACUCUAGUCACGAAAACCUUAAAACAGUUCUCGGUAACUACAGUCAGGACACAAAAAAUAAAGUCGUAUCCAAGAUUGUCGUCAACGAACUGAAGAAAGGCAGUGAAAUCAUUGGGGACGCCACCGCUCCCGUGAUGUCAAACAUCACUUUUACUCCAGAAAAUGACACAUUGACAGCAAUGGCCUUCAUUGCCGGCAAUCUUUUGAAUAAACUGUGGAACAUGGAAAAAGAUGCUUCUGCGUCGUCAAUGGAAACUGAUAAAUUAAAACAAGAAAAAAUAGCUGACCUUCUUGACCUUUUCAAGGAACCCCUAAAUCUGAGACAAGAAACAUUCCUUAAAAAUGCACUGGAACAUUUAUCUAGUGCUAUAGAUAAACAAAAGAAUGUUAAAAACAUUUCCAUUUGUGAGACUUUCCAAAAUAUUGACCAUACGGUUGAUGUAACUGAUGAUGAGAAACCAAAAAUGAGUACAGUAAGUGUGCCAUGCGCAGAUACAGAUAAGAAAAAUAAAGGGACUGGAGAUAAAACGAAGAAGGCUACGGUCAAAGCUAUAACUAAAAUACACAAUGUUUUAGAUUUGAUCAGAAGAUUUGAGCGUGUUCAAAGCAAUUUAAGUGAACUUAAACACGGUCCAAAACUAGAUUUUACACAUUUUAAUCAUACAAGGAAUGAUAAACCGUAUCCGAAAACUACAUUAACGAAUGAUGAAACUCAUUCUUUAAAUGUAUUCGGAAAUCUGUUAGAAAAAAUAACAAAACUUAUAUUGCCAAAACGAAAUAACAAGAAAAUUAAAAGUGCCAUAACUAGUCAAAAUAUAUUAUCAGGAAACGACCACUUGAAGAAAAAGUUUAAGAAAAUGUACAACAUUGAUUUGACUAACAUGACGGUGACCGCCAAAGAUAAGAUCAUUUUAGAUUACUUAACUCAUGUUGAAAGAAACCCAGAUUGUUUGCUAAAUAAUAAUAAUGAUGAUGAACUUGAAAAUAUAUCCACCAUUGAAGGAAAUAUUUUUCUCAAGUUAACUGAAUUUUUCAAAUUAAAGACAUUUAAUGAUUUGUUGAAGAUGUUGGAACCCGAUCGUACCACCCUCACCCGUGGAAAUGGAACAAAUCGAACUAUAUUUGAAACUACUACUGCAUUAGGGGAAAAUAAACUGUCUACAAAUUUAAAAAGUGGAGAUCCUAAUAAAUUUAAUUCGACAAAGGAAAAACUUAAAGCACAUUUCAAAACUAUAAUUGAGGAUUUGAUCGAAUUACAAGGAACUAAAGGAUUAAAUUUAAAAGGUCAUAUCAAUAUAGCAGAUGCUUUACCUUGUAUUUACAAUAUUUUAAAACUUAACAGAGAAGAUACCGUCACUAAAAAAGAAAAAAUAAUAGAAGACCCAGUAAAAAAAGUAGCCGAUAUAUUUAACGAAAUAAAGAAAGAAAUGAAACUGGCACAAAACCGUAGAACAUUCGAUAAUACUAUAACGGAAAGGCCUAAGUCUGCCAUUGUGUGGGAACGAUUGGUUAACAACUUAAAUAACAAAACAAAUACCCGUAGGACAUUAAAUGCUAAAACUCCGAAAUCAUACGAACAGAUAAAGAAAAUGAUGGAGCUUGUUGAAGGUGGCAGCUCUACGUACAAGCAAUACGCAUUGCUUGUGAAAGUUCCGCCUUCAGGGAAACUGAUAUUACUUAAAGCCUUGGAGCAAGACGUCCAGGCCACUAUCCAUGUAUUCAACGACAUUUUACUAUCGCUUCCAGAUUUAAUAAAAUUGCCAAAACAAAAGUUUGCUGAGCUGGAAGAAUUUGUAGACAAUACGGUAAAAGGAUUUAAAUUAAGCGAAAAGAUCAAUGAAAAAAUUAAUUCAGAGGAAAAGGAUGAAGAGACAAAGUAUUUCAGUAAUGACGUUCAAUCGGUAAUGUUUAAUGCAAUAAAGAAUAAAUUGAAAGGGAAACAAGUGCUUGCUAACGAGAACUUGCGAAGUGAGGAGGGUGGUCAGUUGAGAGUCAGCAGGGCACAGAUCAUAGCCCAGCUGAUACGAAACCGAGUGAACCAAUACAUGAACGACAGGGAACACCAGAGAGGUGCCACUGAUGACAUUAAUUAUGUAAUUGCUCGGAGGAUAAUUUACUACUUGGAUAUCGGAGAUUACAAACUCGCAAAUGAUUUGUUUAAAAUGCUCUUUUAUCAGAAUGAAAACAAACUAGGGCAAUUUUCUUCCGAUCUUUUUGUGAACGACAAGCAUUUUGUAUCAUCGACGCUAAAAUACAGUGAUAUUCCACUGCGUCGGAUGGCACAGCCCCGAAAGGAAUCGAACCCGAGCUUAAUGUUUGAGGACGCGAGUAAAAUGAAGGGCAAGUACAAGGAUUGGAUCAACCAGGACCACCUGAUCAAACAGCUGCUGAACAUAAAGAGCAUGAGAAUGUAGAACUUGAUAUUUUCU